CUGCCGGGGACUUAUAAAGGAAGCUUAAUGCGGACAGUUUUAUUUCAUAGUAGAGCGUCGUCAAAAUGACACCAAUUGUGCUUCUUCUCUCCGUAGCGCUCGUCUUCUCCGAAGCAGAGGAACAUACUGUUAAUGAACUCUUUUCUCUGAUCGGGACUGCCUCUCAGAAAACACACGCCGCUGGAAUAAGCGACCCGUCAGAACCACCACUCAAUCACAGCACAGCCGGAGGAAAGGGGCCGUCUCUGCCGGUGAACGAGUUGCUGGAGCAGAGUAUCAAACCAGGAGACUCUAAGUAUGUCUUACAGCCCCUGCCAGCCGGGAUAUGGCCCAAACACGGUGACCUAGCUCCCCUACCCCGGCCAGGCAACCACAACAAGAGCAAGAAGAUGACCAAAAGUGACAGGCUUCCUAUUGAACACAACAGUGAGAAGGAUCGGGGAGAGGGGCGCACCCAAGCCCCGGAACUGUUCCCCAAAACGCCCCUGGUUGCCGCUGCUAAUCGCACGCAGAAGAUUGUGCCAGACCCCCUUCCCAACAGCCCCACCCUCAAUGACCCAGAUGUCCGCCAUAACUCCAGGUCCCGGAGUCCUCUCCAGCCUGCCUCCCCUCGCAGGGACCCACCGAACCGGAGACUGGAUCCCGAAGAGAACCGGCCUGGAAAAUCCAGCCUGUACCAGUUGGGUGGAAGGAACAACAGCAGACCCUCUGUUCUGUUCAACCGCAGGUCAUCCAGCCUGCUGUACCACUUCGAUGUCCUUAAGAAAGAGUCCGACUUCUCCCAGGAAGCCGUGUGCCUGAGCGAGUGCAGGAAAGAGAAGGAGGAGAAGGAACAUUACUGCUACAGCGAAUUCGCCGUCAAUGGGAUAGUGCACGACAUCGAGGUGAUCCGGCGAGGAAUCCGACUCAUCGUACUGCUGGUCAACAGUGAUGGCUUCUACAAAAUGAGUCGCCUCUAUGUCACCCCUGACAGCUACUUCUUCAAAGUGCGGAUCUUGGUGCUGGACACAUACAAGUGUGCCAAGCCCUGUCCGGACCUGAAGCUCGGCAGCAGAUACAUUGUAAUGGGUCAGAUUUACCACCGGAGGCGUCACAUAACCAACGACCUGCUGGCCCUUCUUGGAGGGAAGCUGAAGCCAGGCGACGGCGUCAUUCGCAGCAACAGCUACGUCAAAAGGUUCAAUAAGAGGAGGCAUCAGAAGGCACAGGAAGCUUCGCGCUUAAGGUGCCGGUGAGCCGGCGUGGCAAGUCUGCCCCCUGCUGCACAGGCAGAGACACUGCAGCUGCUGCCAGAACUAUCCAAUAACCACCCAACAUACUCAGAAGACGAGAAGGCGAAGGACACUUCGCCCUGGCCCAUUUGCAUCCAUAACAUAAGUCAGAUUAUAAUUUAGAAAUGCUAUUUAUCAGUGUUAACUUAGUCUCCUGUAUUUGACAGACUACAAAUGAACAGCCCUGGUUUUUUUUACAGCAUGUUUGUUUAGAUGAUGAGCUUAAUAUGCGGCACUGAAGCUGCAGGAGAACGUCAGUGCUUUUCCUUUGUAAUCUUCCAGCUUGGCAUUCAGCAUGACCAAAGCCGAAUUUGGUGUGGGUUGGUGUCUCCCCGUUCCCCUAAAUUCUCAGCCUCAUCCACCCUGGGAAACAUUCCAGAUCAGUGGAAUGAAUCCUGGUUUGGCACCAACACUGCCAUAGACCUUUCCUGAUAUUUGAGAGGAUAAAGUUUUAUUAGUUAUGUUGAUUCUGCUAGCAAGGUUAGGGAUCAAGGGAAACCCGCGAUGCUUAAGCGCAUUCAGCCAGUGCGACAGAAACGGCAUGAAUUAUAAGCCAGCCUUCUCAGAGCGACAUUAUAGCCGGCAGUGGAGUCCUCUGUAGGAGAUGGGUUCCCCUGUCAUCACAGUGCUUUCGGCAGCAAAAUAUGCGCUGUCCAAUUACAUCGCUUCCUUAAGGGAACCACAGUACAACAGAGUGUCUGUUUGGAUGGAAACUCACAGGGAACCCAGGGAGUCUCUGACUCAUAGAGCAGCCAGCAGAACAGAAAGCGCUUCUAUGCUCGACUAUACACACUGUUGCUUCUGCGCUCGCUCACUUUCUUGCCCCUUAUCAGAAUUCAGGAAAUGCACUGUUACGGUAAAAGAAAGCGUGAAUAUGGGUGUAUGGGGGGGGGAGACGGAAAAACACAACUCCCGAGAGAAAGUGAUGCUUGUAAGGACCAAAAGGUUUCAGUUACGUGCUCGUACCUUUCCUGAUAUUAAUUACCUGUGCAAGAUGAAAAGCUUACCCACAAAGUUGACUUAAGAGGCAGCACCCACCUGCAUUUGAUCGUGUUUGUGUGGUUAAAUCUAAUUGGUAGAACGGGAUCCCCGUUACACCUGGCCACUCAGGCUGUUUAGGGUCCAAAGGGAAUUCGAGGGUGGAGUUCCAUCAGGUCAGAGACCUGGAAGUCUGCCCUGCCAGUGUGGCCAUGGUGGAUGGAGGUGGGAAAGCACAGUGUAAGGGGGUGAUGCAAACCAGAGGGAAAUUCUGUUUUUCCUCAUCUAGGGAAAGGCCUUUAAUCAAGGGGCACUCCAAGCUGGAAACAGCCAGCUGGGCAGCCCCCGUACCUGGGUCACAGAGGCAUGGAAUGGCACUGAAAGGCUUGGCACUUCUCAUAUCCGGGAACGACGUAAUAAAACUUGCCUUUUCUAAAUUAAAA